AUCUACAACAUACAGUAGGUUACAUUCAGGCAGUCUCUAUCUACAACAUACAGUAGGUUACAAUCAGGCAGUCUUUAGCUACAACAUACAGUAGGUUACAUUAAUUGGGUGGGGAGAUAAAAGACCGGACAAUAUAUAACCAACAAAGAUUUACACAAUUCAUGUCUUAAAUUAACAUAUGUUAUAUACCAGCACAUUCGACAUGGGGUACCGGUCCAGUAGACUUAUUUGUACCUAAUGAACAUGAUACAAUUGUUUAGUUCAGGGGAGAAUUCAUCCUGGGGGUCGGAAACUGGUGGUUCGAUCCGAUGGCACAGCCUCUGCCUUAACUAUUUAACCAAUAGUAGCUUUGACCUGAAGAAUACUGUUGUAAAUAUGCUUCUUAACUUACUCUUUUUUUUUGUUGUAAACUAUACAAAAGUUUCCUUUAAAGGCAAACGGACAUCUAUCUCAACAAUGAUGUUCAGCUUGAUGCUGGCUCUACUGGUCCCCGUGGCAGUACAGUCCUCCCUGCAUCCAGUGGACUGUAACGAGGUGUACCAAUCAGGUUCUGGACAGAAUGGGGUUUACACUAUUUAUCCUGCAGGAUCCACCUCACCUGUCCAGGUGUUCUGUGAGAUGUCGAUGGACAGUGCACAUCCAGGAAAGUGGACGGUGAUUCAGAACAGACAGGAUGGAUCAGUCAACUUCCACAGGAAGUGGAAUGAGUACAAGACUGGGUUUGGGAGCGCAGCUGGAGAGUACUGGCUGGGACUGGAGACGAUGCAUCUUCUGACUAUGAAAAAGACCUAUGAGCUGAGGGUGGACAUGGAGGACUUUGAGGGGAAGAAGGUCUAUGCUCAGUACUCCACCUUCUCUGUUGGACCAGAGGCUGAAGGGUACACGCUAAAGCUGGGUUCAUUCAAAGAUGGAGGAGCAGGAGAUUCUAUGACAUCACAGUGGUCAGACAUCUCUGUUCUUAUCCUCAGGAGAUUCCAUGACAUCACAGUGGUCAGAAAUAUCUGUUCUUAUCAUCAGGAGAUUCCAUGACAUCACAGUGGUCAGAAAUAUCUGUUCUUAUCCUCAGGAGAUUCUAUGACAUCACAGUGGUCAGAAAUAUCUGUUCUUAUCCUCAGGAGAUUCCAUGACAUCACAGUGGUCAGACAUCUUUCUUCUUAUCCUCAGGAGAUUCUAUGACAUCACAGUGGUCAGACAUCUCUCUUCUUAUCCUCAGGAAGAUUCUAUGACAUCACAGUGGUCAGACAUCUCUCUUCUUAUCCUCAGGAGAUUCUAUGACAUCACAGUGGUCAGACAUCUUUGUUCUUAUCCUCAGGAGAUUCUAUGACAUCACAGUGGUCAGAAAUAUCUGUUCUUAUCCUCAGGAGAUUCCAUGACAUCACAGUGGUCAGACAUCUCUCUUCUUAUCCUCAGGAGAUUCUAUGACAUCACAGUGGUCAGACAUCUCUCUUCUUAUCCUCAGGAGAUUCUAUGACAUCCCAGUGGUCAGACAUCUUUGUUCUUAUCCUCAGGAGAUUCUAUGACAUCACAGUGGUCAGAAAUAUCUGUUCUUAUCCUCAGGAGAUUCUAUGACAUCACAGUGGUCAGACAUCUCUCUUCUUAUCCUCAGGAGAUUCCAUGACAUCACAGUGGUCAGACAUCUCUCUUCUUAUCCUCAGGAGAUUCUAUGACAUCACAGUGGUCAGACAUCUCUCUUCUUAUCCUCAGGAAGAUUCUAUGACAUCACAGUGGUCAGACAUCUCUCUUCUUAUCCUCAGGAGAUUCUAUGACAUCACAGUGGUCAGACAUCUCUCUUCUUAU